AUGAUGGCGCAAUCGUUUCCUGCCCAUCAAGGCAUGCCGCCGCAUGGAAUUCCCCCCGGCCAUCACCCAAUGGCCGCCCAACAUCCCAACGCUGGACACCCAGGACCAGCUAUGGUUCAGCAAAUGCACCCUGGGGUCUCCGGCCCAGGAGGACCUCAAGUGAGCCAAGCAGGACCCAUGAUGGGUGGAAUGCCGCCAGGCGCUGGGACCGCGGGUCCCGGUGGACCAAUGCCAAAUGCCCACGCUCUUUCCCAUUUGACCCCGACACAGGCGCACAUGUUCCAACAGCAAGCGUUCCCGCAAAACUUCGCAAAUAAUCCCCAGUUACUUCAUCAGCAACAACAACAUCAGCAAUACCUCCGACAACGCAUGAUAAUCCAGCAACAGCAGCAGGCACAGGCACAACAGGCACAACAGCAGGCACAGCAGCAACAUGGAAUGCCUGUAUCUCUACCUAACGGCACUCAAGGCGUGAGUGCUGCCCAGUUGGCUGCGAUGCAAGGAAAUCCUGGUGGCAUGCGACCUGUCAAUGCCAUGAUGCAUCUCCAACAGCAGGUCUCUCAUGGUCAACCCCCCAACCUCCAGCAGCAGCAGCAACAGCUCUUUGCACUGCAGCAGGCCCAGGCACAUCAAGCGCAGCAGCAGGCCCAGGCUCAAGCUCAAGCACAGGCACAGGCACAAGCUCAGGCUCAGGCCCAGGCCCAGGCACAGGCACAGGCACAAGCCAACAAUGCCCAGGGGGGCCAACACACACCGCAGCGUGGCUCAGCGCAGCCUCCGAACAUGCAUGAAGCCCAAGGUGCCACCCCUCAAUCUCAACACGGCCCACCACAGCAGAACGGGACUCCUCAACCAAACCAAACUGCUCAGCCUCCCGCAAAUCAACCUCAACAGCCCCAAGGAGGACCACAGCAGGCCCAGGCCACGCCCAAUCCACAGCCGCAGCAGCUGCCGCAAACAUCGCAACCAGGACCUCAGCCAGGUCACCCGGGUCCACACGGACCACCCCAGCACGGUAUGCCUGGCCAGCAAGGCCCACAGCCGGGACAACCGAUGACUGCUCAAGAAGCCCAGUUGAAAGUCCAGCAGCAACAGAACGCCGCCUUGAUGAUGCAGCAAAGAAUGAAUCGCCAGGGAGCAAGCAUCCUCAGCUUGCAUGCCUAUGCAGAGCAUUUAAGCGGUUUCCAGAGCCGUGGUGAGGCACACGAUCUCCUGUAUUGGCAGUCUUUUGUCGACAAAUUUUUCGCCCCCGGGGGUGUUUUGCGGCAGGGUGUAUGGAAUCCUCAAGUCGGGUCCAAACAGUUCGAAAUAUCAACACCCGCCCUGGCACGAUACUACAUGACUCAAUACACUAGCGGUAUUAGUCAGAUUCAAAUGGUAGUAGAGGGGGCUCGAGAACGGGACAUGCCUCAGGGCGGGCACAUGGUUGAGAGCGCGCGGACCUCAUUCAUCUACUGGUUCACGAACGAUUGUCAGCUUUUCACUCGUGGCCAACUCCGUGCUCACUUCGAUGUGGCGAACAAGAUUGAGAUGCUGGACAUCACAGUCACGAAUCACAAUGAAUUCAUUCCGCGCAGUAUGCUUCAGUCUUUGGAGCUUUCAGAGCAGAAGCAAAGUCCGAAAGUUUCCAAGAACUCAGCCAAGCGAGCUCAGAAGCAACCAACGCAACCCACACUGCCAGAGUCCAUGGUCACGUCCAAUGGCGUGCCAACAUCUGUCAUGGGUUUCCUGGAGGUCGCCGAGACUAUCUCGCAGAUGCAAAUGCUUUUCCAGUACUCGCAUCAGCAUCCUCAGUUCUCGCCCCCUGAAGCUCUGCAUAAUUUGGUAGCUUCUCUACCACCGCAGAAUCCCAACACUGGCUUUGUGGCACCGAUGAAUCCCGGGAUGCAGCAGGUUCCCAAUGCCAGGAACCCCAGUAUGGGUGGCCCCACGCAGUUUGCCUCCCCGGCAAUGGCUCACCUUGGGUUACCGGGUUCUCAGGGCUCGCCUCACCUGAGCGGCUCGGGCCAUGCAAGUCCUGCUCAGAGCCAUCUAGCUGGUCCUCCUGGUAUGCAGGGUGCCGUACAGCCGUCUCCAGCUGCAGUUACCAAUAGCCCCAACAUUGGCGGGAACAAGCGGCGGCGUGCGAGCACUGUCAAGAUGGAGGCUGAGGAUGGUGGGCCUGGGGGUGAAGUCAACGGCACUGCCCCUCCCAAUGCAGGCAAAGUCAAGGCCAGCCCUCGAGUGCCUAAGCGCCAGAAGGGGGCCGCGGCCUGA